AAGUUGAGCCCGUGAGAAGCCAAAUCGCGAACCCACCCGGGCCAGGGGCAAACCUCGUGCUCCCCUCCACUUGCCGAGGAGGCUCGCGACCCGCGACGCCUUCCGCAGCCCCGACCCAAACCCUAGCCCCCUCCACCGUACUGCCACCGUCAUGGCCGAAUCAUCUGCCGCUGCCGAGGUCGGGUCGCCAGCUUCGUUGCCACCACUGGUCGCCGAGGAGGCCGAUGCCGCCGCGAUGGAGGAGGCCGCGGCGGUCGCGAAGAGGUGGCCCGGGUGGCCCGGGGACAGCGUGUUCCGGCUGGUGGUGCCAGUGCUCAAGGUCGGAAGCAUAAUCGGGCGGAAGGGCGAGCUCAUUAAGCGCCUCGUCGAGGAGACCAAGGCCAGGGUCCGCAUCCUCGAGGGACCUGUCGGCGCCACCGAGCGUAUCGUUUUGGUUUCUGGAAAAGAAGAUCCAGACUUGGAGCUACCUCCAGCCAUGGAUGCUCUCAUGAGAGUUUUUAAGCGUGUCACUGGGAUAACAGAUGGAGCUGCUGAGGGCACUCAGGCCGCUGCUACUCCUGAUGUAUGUGCUGCCCGAUUGUUGGUUCCUGGAGCUCAGGCAAUUAAUCUAAUUGGGAAGCAAGGUGCAACUAUCAAAGCAAUCCAGGAGAGCACGAGUGCAACAAUACGGGUAAUAUCAGUAGAUGAACAUGAACGACCAUUCUAUGUAACUGACGAUGAAAGGAUAGUUGAGAUACAAGGCGAUACAGAGAAAGUUCUAAAAGCACUGCAAGCAGUUUCAAAUCAUCUUCGGAAGUUUUUGGUUGAUCAUAGUGUACUUCCAUUAUUUGAAAAGACUAAUACUACAGUGAGCCAAGAUCGCAAUGGUGAUGGUUGGAGCGAUAUGUCACGUCCUUCAAUUGGUUCUGCACAAGUGAAUCAACUACCUUCAGUGUUAGAUGACUAUAUUCUUCAAGUGAAGAGGGAUCCUCUGUACCUUGAACGAGAAUCUUUGGUAGAUCAUAACAUUCAUCGCUCAGGCGUAUCACUUUAUGGGCGUGAUCCAGCCUUGUCAACACUACGACCCUCUGCAGUACAUGGUGCUGGCUCACUACUUACACAGAUAACCCAAACCAUGCAAAUCCCACUUACCUAUGCUGAAGACAUUAUAGGAGUUAAAGGAGCAAAUAUUGCGUACAUACGAGCUAAUAGUGGGGCUGUUGUUACAAUUCAGGAGAGUUUGGGUAGUCCUGAUGAUAUUACUGUUGAAAUAAAGGGGACAUCUUCACAGGUGCAAGCUGCACAGCAGCUCAUCCAGGACUCGUUGGCUGCACACCGAGAACCUGUCAGGAGCAGUUAUGUGGGGGCAGGAUUAGAUUCAGUAUAUAGGUCCAGCUACUCACAAUAUGGCAGCUCAAUCUAUCCCUCGUCAUCACUGCCGUCUUAUUCUAGCAUCGAUGAUGUUAGUAGAUACCCGUCUUCAGGCCUUGGUGGCUAUGGUUCGAGUUACCGGUACUAAUAGCAGUUUGUCCUCGGGCUUGAAUGCUUGAUGGCACCAGUGAUCAUUGUAUCCCAGUACCCAGACUUCAGGGUCUGCUUUGUUUUGACAAACAAUUAAUUGGUUUUAUAGAUUUUCGCCACUCAUGGAUUCAG